UCUAAUACUUUGUUAUUGUCUUCUUACCUAUGAAUGGGGUUAACCUUUCUGGUUCUUUGCCUGCGCAAGUGUUUUAUCUUCAGAUUACCCUUCUUUCGGGGGUUGGUAAUGUGCUUGUUCUCCCCACUGCCCUUUUCGUUCUCUCAAUAUGUUGUACAUGAUUAUGAGGCAACGUGACAAUGGCCUACACAAGGAGAAAGCUGGGGACGGGGGGAGAUGCCACCAUCCCCCCUUUAUCCAGCAAAGACUAAUCUGCUUAUUUUGCUUGUCCUUCAGAGAGAAGAGUGGAAGAAACAGGGUGAUGAGAAACCAAACACACACUGCAGAAUUCAUCCUGAUAGGCUUCUCAACAACAAGGGGGUUGCAGAAUGUUCUGUUUGCACCAUGCCUGGUGUUCUACCUGGUUUUGUUAGGUGGAAACACUGCUAUUGUUACAAUGGCCUGUCUGGAUCCUCGUCUUCACACACCUAUGUAUUUCUUCCUGUGUAAUUUCUCUGUGGCAGAGACUCUGGUCACAUCCACUGUGGUCCCCAGAAUGUUGGCAGGCCUAAUGGUGGAAAGAAGCGCUAUCUCCUUUGGAGGGUGCCUGGCUCAAUUUUACUUCUAUUUUUCGCUGGGAUCCACAACCUUCCUUCUGCUGGCUGUAAUGUCAAUUGACCGCUACGUGGCCAUUUGCCAUCCUCUGCAUUACUCUGUCAUUCUGAGCAGCAGAGUUUGCAUCCAGCUUGCCCUUGGAUCCUGGGCGGUUCCCUUUCUUUUCAUGAUUCCCCCAACCAUAUUCAGGUCCCUGCUAUCCUUUUGCAGCUCUAAUCAGAUUGACCACUUCUUCUGCGAUAACGCACCCUUGCUCAAGCUCUCCUGUUCGGACACCCGCCUCAUUGAGCUUGGGGACUUCCUCCUUGCGAUUCUGUUUGUCUUAAGCUCUUUUGUUGUCAUAAUAGCAUCCUACGUCGCUAUCAUCUCCACCAUUCUGAAGAUCCCCUCUAACACUGGUCGGCAGAAGACCUUCUCCACCUGCACCUCACAUCUCAUUGUGGUGGGCAUCGGCUAUGGCACUGCUAUCUUCAUCUACGUGAGGCCUGGCAAGAGCCACUCCACAGAUAUGAACAAAAUGGUAGCCCUCUUGACGGCUGUAGUGACCCCAUUCCUAAGUCCCUUCAUCUUCACUUUGAGGAAUCAGAAAGUCAAGGAGGUCUUCAGUGACUGGUUGGGGAAUUUAAGAGGUUUACAGAGAACAAAACUGUGA